AUGAGCAAGAAGUUUCCAAAUCGCAUCCUUAUGGUGUGCAUGGGUAACAUUUGUCGUUCACCCAUUGCCGAGGCCGUAAUGCGCGCUACUAUCGAGAAAGCGGAUCUCAGCCACGAAUGGUAUGUGGACAGUGCGGGCAUCGAAGGCUGGCACUCAGGAUGCGAGGCGGAUCCCCGGACACUCAACGUGCUGGCCAAUCACAACAUCAAGUACAACAAUCGCGCGCGCGUGCUGUUGCUACAAGAUUUCGAGCAAUACGACUACAUAUUUGGCAUGGAUCAGAGCAACAUGGCAUCCUUGAAGCGCAUGGCACCCCAAGAUUGUAAAGCCAAGCUACUAUUGCUAGGCGAUUUUGGCCUGAAGCCGGACGAUCGCAUCAUUGAAGAUCCAUACUAUUACGUUGGUGAAGCGCCCUUCGAGAAGAUAUACGAACAGUGUAUCAUAGCUUGCCCAAAUUUUUUGAAGCAAGCGCGCUCAAGUCAAAUUAGACUGUAAAGGAUGGCAGACGUAUCACACAAGGGUUAAAGCCGAACAGCUGUUUGCAGAGCGAGGGCUGCCGCACGCGGAACCGGUUCAACACUGCGCGAACACAUGUUUAUCGCUGUAU